CCUCCCCAGUCUUCAAGCUGUUGGGUGUUCCUUGCUUUUGGGAGGUGCUUUAAAUCUGACUGCCAGAGCCGUGGGCUGCUAAGAGCAGAAGCUGGCUGCAUGAUGCUGAGCACAGGUUUUCCUCCUGUUUUCCUGUUGCUCACUGCGCUGGAGCUAAGCUGGUCCCUGACUGAUGAAGAAAAGAGGAUAAUCUUGGAUGGGCAUAAUAAAUACCGCUCCCAGGUCUCUCCUCCUGCUACGGAUAUGCUGAAGAUGAGUUGGGACACAGAGCUGGAGGCCUUUGCCCAAGCCUAUGCGGAGAAAUGCAUCUGGGACCACAACAAGGAGAGGGGCCGACGGGGAGAAAACCUCUUUGCUAUGGCUCCGACACUGGAUCUGGAAUUUGCCGUGGAGGACUGGAACGGGGAAGAGAAAUACUAUAACCUGACGACUUCCAUGUGUGUCCCUGGGCAGAUGUGUGGUCACUACACCCAGGUGGUGUGGGCAAGCACACAUCGUAUUGGCUGUGGGGCAAAGUUUUGUGAGAAGAUUGAUGGAAUCGAAACAGAGGACAUGUACCUGCUUGUUUGCAACUAUUAUCCUCCGGGUAAUGUGAAAGGCCGAAAGCCAUACAAAGAAGGACCCUCUUGCUCACAGUGUCCUGAAGGCAGAGUGUGUGUCAAGUCCUUGUGUGAAUCCACUGUAGAAGAGACCACUCCAAUCUCUCUGACAACAAAGAAAAGCCCAUCCACCACAACCACACUAGAACCUACUACAACAUCACCCACCAUGGCCACAGCGAAGCCAGAACUCACAACCAUACCCCCAACCCAGACACAAGUACCCACCACAUCCAUGGCAAAGCCAAAACCUACUGUGCCAGAACCCACCGUAGCUACAGGCAAGCCAAAGCCCAUCACACUAACAACUGCCAUGCCAAAACCUAACACAACCACUAUGGCCAAGCCAGCACCCACCACGCCAAAACCCACAACCUCUACAGCCAAGCCAGCACCCACCACGCCAAAACCCAUCACAACCACCACUACGGCUAAGCCAUCACCCAUCAUGCCACAACCCACCACAACCACCACUACAGCCAAGUCAGCACCCACCACACCAAAACCCACCACAAACACCACUACAGCUAAGCCAGCACCCCCCACCAUGCCACAACCCACCACAACCACUACUAUGGCUAAGCCAGCACCCACCGCAACUACCGCUCUGGCCAAGGCAGCACCCACAACAUCUAAACCCACAAUGACUGCAGCCAAGACAGUACCCACCACACCAAGGCCCACCACCACUAUGGCUAAGCCAGCACCCACUACGCCAAAACCCACCACAAACACCACUACAGCUAAGCCAGCACCCACUACCACGCCACAACCCACCACAACCACCACUACGGCCAAGCCAGCACCAACCAUGCUACAACCCACCACAACUGUCACUAUGGCCAAGGCAGCACCCACCACAUCAAAACCCACAAUGACUACAGCCAAGACAGUACCCACCAUGCCAAGACCCACCACCGCUAUGGCUAAGCCAGCACCCACGACGCCAAAACCCCCCACAAACACUACUAUGGUUAAGCCAGCACCCAACACCAUGCCACAACCCAUCACAACCACCACUGCAGCUAAGCCAGCACCAACCAUGCCACAACCCACCACAACUACCACAAUGACCAAGACAGCACCCACCACAUCAAAACCAACAACCACUACAGCCAAGUCAGCACCCACCAUGCCAAAACCCACCACAAACACCACUACGGCUAAGCCAGCACCUGCCACCACACCACAACCCAUCACAACCACCACUGUGGCUAAGCCAUCACCAACCACACCACAACCCACCACAACUAUCACUAUGGCUAAGUCAGCACCUACCAUGCCAAAACCCACCACCACUAUGGCCAAGCCAGCACCCACCACAACUAUGGCCAAGACAAAACCUUCUACAGCCAAGCCAGCAACCACCUCACCAACAUUUACCACCAUUUUAACCAAGCCAACACACACUUAUACGACUUCAACAAAGCCAAAUCUCACCACCUCAACAGCAAAGAUGAUAACAAAACCUACCACAACCACAAAGCCAGAACACACUGAAACAGAAAGACCCAAUCCAACUGAGGCAACUGGGCUCACGCUUUCCUUUGAGCCCACAUUAGACGUGGAUUAUAAAAUAUUUUCAGAUGUAGAGUUAGACACUGGAGAGCCCAUUGGCUUAACUACAGAGGAUCCUACCUUAUUAGAAAGUAUUGGCACAGCCUUCAGCCCCAAAUCAAUCCCAGAAACAAAUAGAGGUGUGAAAGAGGAUGGGGGAGAGAAAUCAUUCUUCUUUUCCAGUCCACCUCCAUCCUUCAGCAAAGUUAUUCCAGAGAUCAAGUUAGGUUUCAAUAAAACUGAGCGCAUAACCUCCUCAAAGUCAGUGGUCUUCAGUCCUGAAGAACCCACCUUCUUGCGUUUAACAUCGUCUUCCAAAGAAAAGGGUCAGAGCCCUGCUUUCCAGUCCUCCCUCUCAGCAGAUACUCUGGCCAUUGAAGAACGGGAGACAAACUCAGACCAGAAAAGCAUGGAUCAACCCACAGCUGGAGCCCCCCGUACCUGCUGGGGCCUUUCACUCUUCCUACCCAGUGUCAUCUUGAUGGGCCUUCUGCUUUGAACAGUCUUUCUCAGCUGUCCCUGCACCAGUCACCAAGCCUUUCUUCAGCAUUGGUUGUCCCACAACCCUGGUAGACUUGGGAGACACUGUGGACAGUUCAGGUUGACACACUCUCUUCUUACACUGACUGGCUCUGAUGUACCAAGGGCAACUGUCCAUCCCAUGUCCCUCAGUCCCCUUCUGAGGAGGCCCAAGGGCAGGAGGGUGUCUGCCAUAACGCCGGUGAACUUGGACACCAAUGCUUCUCCUUUCUUCCCAGAAAGCCUGGGCUUCUGGUCUCUUUCCAAACAGGAAAUGAUAAGGUGUCUCAUAACCCUGUGCAGCUGGCAGGUCCUGCCGCACUGUGUCUCUAGGGAAAGCAGAAUGCCUUGGAAAUCAGAAUGGCAAUGAGACAUGGUUGUUGGCUUUGGUAUUUGUCUGUAGACAACACAUGGUUGAUGGGUUUGGUGUCUGCCUACCAGAAGGAGUUUCUAACAAAAAACCUCUUUUCUCCUCUCGAUGUGCCUAUUUGUCUCAAUUUUGGACUUAUCACCUCUUCCUUCCUUUUCCAAAAGAGUGGCAUUUUUUUUUCUACAGAAGAGGAUUUAUAUUUCCUUCCUGCUUCUGGUAUAGCUAUGGCCAGUACCUAUAUGUACUCCUUUCUCCUUCUCACAUCUGCAACCUUUGCUUUCUUCCUCACUUCAUGUACCCAUUCCACAGUUACUUCAUUGGCAUGGCUUUAUUUUACGCAUGUGCCUGCACAGAAGACAAACCUUCAGCUCUAGAGAGGAGUUAUUGGCUUCUUCAUACAGCUUUCUUCUGCAUGGCUUCCUUCUUUGCAUAACUUAAGUGUACGAUGUAUUUGAAAUUAGAUACAGAUCCCAGCUAACAUAUAUUUUGUGGUUGGUGGAACUUGGUCCAGAAGAAAAAAAAAUAAUCAGGUGUGCUGGUACAAUUUCAGCUUGAGAGAGCCAAUUGAAUGAUGUUAGAGGUCCGAUGGUUCCAGGCCUUGUUGCAGGAUGGUAUUCAUUCUCCGGAGCACUGUGUGUUUUAGCCCUCCAUGUUUCUGCUCUGUUCACCUGAAGAUUCCCAGUAAGGUGGGUUAAAUAAGUGACAAGUUUUGCAGACCAGCAGAAGGGACUAGAAGAUCCAGUCCCUUCUCUAGUUGUUGCAUCAUUUGGUUUCGUAAAUAGAUGAGGUGGAGAAAGACCUUAAGUCCAAUAUUUGUCUAUCCCCCCAGGAUGCUGUGUCCUGUGCAUCCCCAGAGCAUGCACUGAAUAAAUCUUGUUCUGAAAGUCUGCACUGUCUUUCUGGGGUAUCCAAGACCAGUUUAUAUCUGUAAAACAAUCUUGCUUGUGUGUUUAAGUAGAAUUGCUAAAAGACAGUGUAGCUCCUGUGGAGUGCUAAAUGUUUUCUUGACUUUCCUAAAGCAUCUGGGUGCUGGUUUCUGUAAAGUUGCAAUUUUAUGUUUUUAAGCUUUUGUAAAAGCAGCAGAAGGAGGAGAUGUAGCAUGACGUAGGAAAUAUUCCCCUAGCUCCCAGAUGCGUGCAGAGCAAAAAAAUUUGUCCCCAAAUUUUUGAGCAAGAGGAAGAGAGCUCAGAGAAAAACAAACAAACAAACAAAUACCAAAAGCCUAGGGCUAGAGUGCUUCUGGUUCUGCAUUUAGAGAGGCCCAACAGUCAGCUUCUUCCCACCCCCAAACACACACUGUUUCAUCUUUGCAGUAAAGAAAAAAGUUAAAUCCAAGUGUCCUCCCCUGCUUUUUCCCCAGACUCUGCAUUUCUGCAGUGUUUUCACUGCAGAACAUCACCCAGCCACAAAGAGCGUGCGAAGAAUGGAGUUCUUAUUGUGAGGAGUAAACCUGCUGCACAGGAGCAAUGGUGACACUGGACCUUUGCUUUUUGCUUUUCCCUAUUCUUGCACCCCUGCCUUGCCUGGCAAGGCUGCCCUGCGGUUCUGUGUUUCACCUCUUCCUGCAGUCCUGGUUCAGGAGCCCAGCAGCACCAGAUCCCUUACAGGAAACCAGCUGCCUGUGGGGUGUUUUUAGGUCAUGGUCACCAUUAGCCCUGCUGAACGGUGGCCAGCAGAUGGCAGUGGGACAGUCACCACGGAGAACUGAGCAGUUUCAACUUCACUGCACAGCCCUCUGGGGAGUCUAGUGCUCAAUUUAAUCACAAGCAUCAGAUGUAGUUAAGAAUCAGGUUAAAAAUAGCCUCCUGCUCAGGUGCCGUGGUUUUCACAUGGUCUUGUUGCAGGCUGAGCUUUUGCAGGCUGCUGCGGAGCUGCUUCUGGGAGAAAAAAAUCCAGCCUGGGUCUGGAUGGUCACUAGACCAAUGAUAGAAGUACAGCCAGAGCAGCUGCUGUUCACCUGUUGUAAGGGGCUGCAGCCUCAUGAAGGGUAAGGCAGAGACAGAGCAUUUCAGGCCUGUAACUGUUUUUCCAUUUGGGUAAAGGAGAGUGCAGCAUUAAUUCCCAACAAACAAUUAAAAGAGCAGAAAAGCAUUUCUCUUUCCAGCAAAAUCAAGAUAUUGGGUCAACACCUGUGUUUUUUCGCAAAGCUGGGUACUUCACCAUCCCCUGCCUUGGGAUCCAUUAUGGAACUGGACAUCAUAGUGCUGCUGGCAAUAGCACUGGCAUGAGCCUAUGAAAAUAAUCCUACAAUUUAAGUAUUUUAUCAUGGUUUUGAGGCUGCUGAUUUCUGUAAACUGUUGAGUUUUGUUUUUGUUAAGGUUUUGACUUCUGUAGUAAUGCAAUUGUGCAAAGACCUAUUUAUAGAGUUAUUUCUAACAGAAAAUUCAAAAAACAGAAGAAAAUUCCCGUUCUACUUCCCCAUGUUCCCUGACUGAGACCUGCCAGCAAGGGGAUUUGGAGUGGUUUGGUUUAAUCCCAAAUUAGGAGGAUUUAGGGAAGGAGAGAAGGUGACUGUAUGGUAAAGGUGGGCCAGGGUUAUGGUGGGGUAUGCCGGAAAGAUGCAAAACAUUCAAGGGAGACUUUUGCCACAUUUCCACCCCAUUUCUGGGGUUGAUAUGAAGGAUGCUCUGGCAUUGAGGUGAAUUGGUGGGAGAUUCCAGGGUAUGGGGGGAAGGAGCCAAGCACCUGUCAAAGAUACUGCUGGUGCUUGGCAGUCCCACAGUUGUGUGUGGCAGAAGUGGCAGGUUUGUAUAUGGCUAUCCUUUCAAUGGUGAAGAGGACCAUGCUAGAAAAGGACUGUGCUUCAUGUUCUUGCUGUCUGGCCUCCCCAUGUGACCAAAGUCCUUGGGGAAAAUGUAGGUAUUUUAGGGUAGCAGAUGGCAUUUGCCAUGACAACUGAAGGAAAACAGCAGCUACCAGGCCAUAGUGGAGCCUGCUGAGGGUGGCCAGGCCCUGCUUAUGGACAACUUGCCAUCAUCGCCUCACAACACCUCUGAAGGAUGCCCCAUGACACUGGGUUGAUGGUUUUGAUGUUUGUCUGACCAUGGGCUACAUGGCAGCAGGCUAUGAGGUGGCAGGAAACAAAUUCCUGAGCCAUGGGGGCCCAUCACCAUGGCAACACAGCACCACAAUUUUCCAUCCCACAGGCUCUGAGCUCACUGACAUAGUGUCUCAGCAUGCUUUAAGGCAUUUAACCAUCAGUUUUGGCCAGUUGGGUUGAAAUCAGGGGAUUUGUGGUGUUUACAAGAUCUGGCUGCUGCAUGAACCCCACCUGCACAUUUCCCUGAAGCCCCAGGACCUGUGUUCCAGUGGGGAGGUGGACGUGCUCACUGCAGGUUGGGGGAAAGAAGGUCAUCUGGAUUUAGCUCCUGAAGCUCCCCUGAAGAUGGUGAAUCGGAAGGGUGGGUGGCAGCAUAUGUGCUGUCCUCGGGAAUUUACAGUAUGGGCCAUGACACCAGCUAUGAAAUGGCCACUGCCCUGCUAGUGUGGUGGGGACCUCAGUUUAUGGAUAAUUGGUAUAUCUGGAAAUCUGUAUCGGAUUUACAAAUGUGCUUAUAACAAUGGCUGUCCAAAGCAGAGAGGAGCCGAGCUACAGCCCCAGAGCUUUGCAGUGGGAUUCAGCUAGAGAGCACUGACAGAAAGACCUACGGUCUCAGCUGCAUGGCCAAUCCCAUCUGCCCCACACCCUUAUAAUGUCCUGGCUGUGGUUUCCCCUUCCUGCUCAGGGGUUCGGUCACAUGGAGAAUUUGGUUGGGAACACACAGUCAGGAGCACUGGCCAGCCCUAGUCCCAGUUCAUCAGCUGUGCUCAUUUCAAGGCAGUAAAAAGACAGUAUUUUUUUUUUAAAGAAAAGUCAAAACAAAUUUAUUUUUACAAGAGAGUAUCUCUACUAAUAAUAUUUUAUUGUUGGCUUCCACCUUAAGAAGGUGGCUUCCACCUUGCUGCUUAAGAUUCUCCACAUUAACAUCAACGCAAUGGAUGGAGCUGAACUGAUUCAAUUUGGGACACAAAGGAUUAAUUCUUCUCUAGGGGAUACCUCUUAAAUAUUAAGUUGAUGUGCUGAUCUAUUCUUCUUUGGUACCUUCUGAGCAAUCUUGGGGGUAGAAAAGGCCUGCCCCUUAGCAAGCAGCUAGAGGAUAAUAAUGUGUAGAAGAGGAGCAAGCUGUAGUUUUGUGUGGCAGGUCCCCAGGACUGCUCAAAAGCCAGAUUUAUGGAGAGAGGGCUGCAUUCCUCUGAUGCUAGACACUGCAGCAUCCCCACCCACCAGCUGUUGCCCAGCCUGCAAAAAUCACAUCUCAGCCUUACUGCAGCUACACCCCAUCCCAAGAAGCAGAAGACCCUUAAGCAAACUGCUUCACUUCUGGGAGUCCCAUAGCCCAAGCAGCCAGGUCUCAUUCUCCCUGUCUCUCGCUUCCAGGCUGAAAUUUGAGGGCUCUAACAUCUUUUUGCAUCUCUCGUUCUCCCAGUUCAUCUGCAAAGGUGUCCUCAGUUUGCCCUUGCUCCCCAGUGUCUCAGAUCUCACAUUUCCCUGAUAGUGUGAUGCCAGUGAUAAUCUCCUGGGACAUCCCUCAGUCUUGAAGAACUGGUGUAGCCCUGAUCAUAUUACAGUCCCACUCAUGAUCUUGGUCCUAUUUACUUUGGAAUAUGGCAGAGGGAUAGUUCCAACUGCUUCUUGGAAAGGGAAAAACCUGUUCCCUGUCUGUUGUCAAGUGCUAGAGCUCUGUAGUGUGCUGUCUUCUCAUUUGUCUACUGUCAGAUGUCAGUGCUUCCUACCUGGGAGAACCCAGAAGUGUUAAGACUUGCUGCCUUCGCCUCACGUCUCUUCUUCACCUGUCUCCCAUCUAGGCCAGGGUGUUAGUAUAAAUUGCUGGCUUAUUCUAGGUAAAUACACGAGCCCUAAUCUCCUUGCUAGGGUUUGCAUAUCAGUGAGUUCGGCUGAUAUAGAUUAUCAAAUUAGAAAGAAAUACCCUCUAACUUUAUAACAGGGUAGAGCUGGGAACUUGUCCAAAACCUGAAUGCACUUACUGAGCAGACGCCAACCAGCCAAAAUCUAUCAGCUCGCGGGGCUUUGAGUCCACAGGCUAAACUUACUCUUGGAUCUAGUUCUUAAUCCAAACUUCAGAACUGAGUUCAACAAACUUAAAUCACAAGUACAGAUCUAUCCUCUUUGUACCAAAAAGUACAAAUACACUUCCCUCCACACUUGAGAAUAGACCAGAAAGAACAACAUGCUUAAACCCUUCACAACUUGAGCUCAUCUCCAGAAAAAUAAAAGGGGGUGGGGGUGGGGAGGGAUAGAACUGAACACCAGGAGCUGAGGCACCAGCUCAUUCCUUGUUUGUCUUGCACCCAUUAAACAGAGGGACACAUUUGUUUUUUUUUAAAUAUAUAGUGGCUCCCUGUUCAUAUGACUUAAGCAUGGAGCAGUCCCCGGAAUAAUGCAAUCCUGGAUGCUGUAAGA